AUGUCGUUUCUCGGUCGGUCAGGAGCACCCUCAGGCUCUGUCAACCCGGAGAGGGUAGAAAUGGCCAUGCAAGAGCUUGACAUGAUCACGGACGUCUUCAACCGUCUCGUCACGUCUUGUCACAGCAAGUGCGUCAGCCCAAGAUACGCGGAAGGCGAUCUCAGCAAGGGCGAGAGCGUUUGCAUCGACCGAUGCGUCUCAAAAUUCUUCGAGGUCAACAAGAAGGUCGGAGAGAAGUUGCAAAGCAUGGGCGCGGGCCAGAGCGGUGGUGGUGGCAGCAGUCAGAGCGCAUUCGGUUCACUAUAA